AUGAAUCAGCUCUAUACAGUGCUCCAGGAAUUUACCUGGCAAAGAUUCUACCAUUCACAAUACAUCACAUCCCACGUGUAUUGCGUUGCAGAACACCCGGUUGUUGUUGAACAAGCAAAGUCACACCCGGAGCCUUUGACACAAGCUAUAGAGCAGAUCCGCGCCGUUCGGGUGCUACAAUCCUCCUCCUCGCUACCACUAGGGCCGCUGCCGCCUCCACCGCUAGACCCUCCACCACCGUUGAUUGAAUUGCUUCACCCAGGCGGGCACAGCGGGAAAUUUGGUAUGCAGAAUGGCUUACAGGAGUGA